UUGAAAUGGAAACAACAGCUGCGGCAACUUAUGAUUUUGAAAAGAAAACAUCAAAGAUAUAUUUUUUAACCACAAUCUUCAUACUAAGUUCUGUAAUACAAUGGUGUCUUUUAAUAAAUUUAGAAUCAUUUGAAUUUCUAAUAAAUCCAUGGCUGUUGCUGGGAGGAUAUAUAGCUUUUAUGCUGAUUGUCACUGUAGUAUUGGUAGUCGACUGUACGGGUAAAAGUUUACCAUCUGGAUUGGAAUGGCUAUUUGGAAUUCUACUUGUUGAAAUUCUCGUUAUUGCAUUAAGCAUCACAGUUGAUUAUGCAGAUCAUAUAGUGCUUUAUAUUUCCUUGGCCGUCAUAUUAAUAUGCCUGGUGCUGCUUUUUGUUAUUGGAGCUAAAAUAAAUUUGGACCAUUUGCCUAUUUUUGUCUUAGCUGUAUUCAGUGCAAAUAUGUUGCUUAUCCUGCUAAUUUUCGCUUUAAUUAUAAUUGCAAAAUUGUUUACAAAACUCUAUACCAUGGCAUUUUUUGCAGUAACAGCAAUUGCAUAUCCUAUUUUAAUUAUGAAUACACUUUAUGUUUCUAUGCUGUUAAAACAUGAUCGCUAUGAAAUUAAAACGUUAACGGACUGCUUAAAACCGGCUCUAUAUAUUUAUGGUAUAUUUGGGGCAUUUGUUUGGUUCUCUAUAUCGUUGGGUAUAGUUAUAAAUGAUAUGUUGUAGAGCUUAAAAUAAAAAUGUAGAAGAAA